AUGAGUGAGUCAGGUACUGUGUCUGGCCCAGAUACCCCUUCGUCGAAGGGUAAAGAUGUGCUAAAGAAAGAAUGGUUCCAAGAGGCCUAUAAAGCUGCUUGUGAGUUUUAUGAGAAAGACAGCGCAUUGCAACCUCGUGACAGACUGGAAUUGUCGCAGACAUUCAUGUCCAUUACUCGCGCCCAAAUGUGGGGCGGUUGGCUCGGUUUCGCUACAGUUUUCGGUGCUCCGUUUGGUUGGCAGUACUACAAGACAAAUGCAAUUAGGGGCGUAAGAGUGCCCAGAAACUUUGUUUUUGGGCUUUUGGCCAUGUUUGCUACUUCGCAGGUGUGCGGAAGGUACAUGUACAAAUACAAGUUGCAAGCCCUCGACCCUAACGAUUCUUUUGCUUCGACUGGAGCUUAUGGUGACUUACAAGAAACUCCAAAAAGUAAUGCCCAAAGGCAGUAUGAAAUGUUGAAGCUGCUCAAAGGUGGCAUGUCUCCCAAAUGGGCUCUGUAUUUCAAUGCAACCUAUAAUAAUCCCGAAAGAAGAUUCCCAAAUCCAACCAAAAAACUUGAACAGAUGAUUGAAGGAAAGGGAAACAGACCAGCAUCGUUCAUAAAUCAGCGGGAUCCUUUGCAUCUCUACAGUGGACCUGCCUUUGACAAAAGAGAGGGUGUUCCAGACGUGGGUGCACCAGACGGGAAUAAUAACGGACUUCAAACUCCCCAGCCUGAAAGCCAACCCGCAUCCUCUUGGGAAAAAAUUCGCGGGAAGAGCGGGUUCGAAGGGGGGAAUGGUGUAGGGUCGUCUUCUAGAUGGUCUUCGAUCAGAUCUGGAUCCGGAGACAUAGAUACUUUGAGUAGCCCAGUCUACGAUCCAUUCGAUCAAGAGGGCGAAUCCUCGCAAGAAGAGUUUGAUAAGAUAUUGGAAGAAGAGAGGCAAGCAAGGGAUUGA